AUGCCGGAUCAUUUAGGGGACGAUAUGCGUAAGAUAAAAAAUGAGGAAAAAGAGGAAGAAAAAGAAAUAAAAGCCCUAGAUGAAGGAGAUAUCGCUUUAUUAAAGACCUACGGUCAAGGCCAAUACACAAAAAGUAUUAAAACCGUAGAAGAUGACAUCCAAACCGUAAUCAAACGCGUCAACGAGUUAACGGGAAUUAAAGAGUCCGAUACCGGAUUAGCACCACCUGCCCUUUGGGAUUUAGCCGCAGAUAAACAAACUUUGCAAAAUGAGCAGCCGCUACAAGUGGCUCGAUGUACUAAAAUUAUUAACGCCGAUACCGACGAUCCUAAGUAUAUCAUAAAUGUUAAGCAAUUUGCAAAGUUUGUAGUCGAUUUAGCUGAUUCUGUAGCUCCUACAGAUAUCGAAGAAGGAAUGCGGGUUGGUGUUGACCGUAAUAAGUAUCAGAUUCAUAUCCCGUUACCGCCAAAAAUUGAUCCAACCGUUACUAUGAUGCAGGUAGAAGAAAAACCUGAUGUUACUUAUAGCGAUGUUGGUGGUUGCAAAGAGCAAAUUGAAAAAUUACGAGAAGUCGUUGAAACACCUUUAUUACAUCCAGAAAAAUUCGUAAAACUUGGAAUAGAACCACCAAAAGGCGUCUUACUUUUCGGCCCCCCUGGUACGGGUAAAACACUUUGCGCCCGCGCCGUAGCAAACCGCACCGACGCUUGUUUUAUCCGAGUAAUCGGGUCUGAACUCGUUCAAAAAUACGUCGGAGAAGGUGCAAGAAUGGUUCGAGAACUCUUCGAAAUGGCACGUUCAAAAAAAGCUUGUUUAAUCUUUUUCGAUGAAAUCGACGCGAUCGGAGGGGCUCGUUUCGAUGAUGGCGCAGGAGGCGAUAACGAAGUUCAAAGAACCAUGCUUGAAUUGAUUAAUCAACUCGAUGGUUUUGAUCCACGCGGAAAUAUUAAAGUUUUAAUGGCAACGAAUCGCCCAGAUACUUUAGAUCCUGCUUUAAUGCGACCUGGAAGGUUGGAUCGCAAAGUUGAGUUUGGUUUACCCGAUUUAGAGGGGCGCUCGCAUAUUUUUAAAAUACACGCUAGAUCAAUGUCCGUCGAGAGAGAUAUUCGAUUCGAGUUAUUAGCUAGGUUGUGUCCAAAUUCAACCGGGGCUGAAAUUAGAAGUGUUUGUACUGAAGCUGGGAUGUUUGCUAUAAGAGCCAGGAGGAAGGUUGCGACUGAAAAGGAUUUCUUAGAAGCUGUUAAUAAAGUUAUUAAAUCCUACGCGAAAUUCUCCGCUACUCCAAGAUACAUGACUUAUAAUUAAAUAACAAGGUGUUUCUUUUUUUUGUAUUUUUUGUGGAUUUAAAUUCAAUAAAAAGAAUUCUAAUA